AUGAGACCCGAGCACCACCGGAUAUCGGCGAUGCCAUGCACGCCACGGGACAGCGACAUGGACAGGAAGUGUCUCGGCAACCUGAACUGCUGGGCGUGCAGCUUUCUUUGUUUCGUGGUCGGAUGCGCGCUGGUCACGGGACUCCUGGUCUCCUACCUCUUCGGGGGUGCGCUCGGCAAGUCUAGUCGACAGGAGUACCUCGCAAGCCUCGACUGCCCCGACUGCUUCACGUCCGGAGGGCUGCUCGUCGAAACGCUCAACACUAGCGCGGAUCCAUGCCACGACUUCAAGGCGUUCGUGACGUCCCGCUGGCUGCCGGACCCACACAGCGACGCGACCGAGUACUGGAAGUACAAGUGGGACGUCAAGUACAUCUGGAUGCGCUCGUCGGCCAAAGACAUUAGCGGUCCGCACUACGCCUCGCCGCCGGAGAGCAUAGUGGCGUCGUCCUUCAGGUCCUGCGAAAGCCAGUCCGCCGAGAACGCGCUCGAGACUCGCGCCAUGUUCAAGAUGCUGUUGCGAAGGCUCAAGAUUCCGUGGCCCGAAGUGCCCACAGGAAACGCUGACCCGUUCGACGUCCAUUUCAGCCUCUGCGUUCGUUGGAACAUCCCCUUGUGGUUCGACGUCAGGCUCCUUCCGGAUGACGCGCUCAAAAGCAGACGUGCGGUCUACAUCGGUCCGAGCGUGUACGCAAAGUUCUGGGGCAGCCAGUACAGGUCAAUGGGAAGCGAAGCCGAGAUACUCCAGUACAUCAGCCAGUACCUUUAUUACUUCGACGAGGACUACGGGGAAAACGCAUCGCAGACCAUCGACUCAUACUUGACGUUCAACUUCACGCGAAACGUGACGUUCAUGCUGGAGGCCGUUCACAAAAACGCCGGCCCCGAGUUCCACACGUUCGAGUCGCUGGCGAAGGCCUUCGGUCAGCCUCCCGAUCACUUUAUUCAGCUAAUGAACGAGUAUUUUCGACCUGCAAAAGCCCUCGGGCCAGGUGAUGCAGCCAUCGUCCAGAAAAGAGGCACCAGCGAAGCCGUGCGCUACAUCACGGCCAACCACGACUCCGCACUUCUCCGCAGUCACAUGGGCUGGUGGGUGCUCCAGAUAUACGCACCGAUCGCGGACGCCCGCUUUUUCGUCCAAAAGUACGGCACCAAAGAACUGGCCGACCUGAUCAGACCGCUAUUCUGCGAGACUCAGAUGGAGAGUUCCUUCAAAAUCCUGCUCUUCUCCAAGCACGUCGGCCUCAACUUUCCCCAGCAAGUCAGGCAGCAAGUCGACGAAAUUUUCCGCAACGUUCGCGAAGAAACGGCCGCCUUGUUCGAGAAGUUGGGCUCACUCACCGGCACGAACGUGGGACAAAAGCUGCGAAGUAUGAGCAUCAACUUGUGGCCGAAGCCCGAGUACCGCUCCCGGGAGAAACUUCAGCGCAUCUAUGCUUCGCACUACACGAGCAAGGCGACGUCGCUAGACCACUGGAUCACUGAGCGUCGAGCCAACGCGAAGCUCAUCGGAAGCGACGCCUACUUCGAAGACAAGAGGCUGCCUCACUCGUUCUCGAAGGAACCGAUCUAUUACGAUUCGCUUCUCAAUGAAGCCACGGUGUCGAUGUUGCUCGCACGCGAGCCGUUCUUCUAUCCCGACGGUGACGUUGCCAUCAACUACGGAGGUCUGGGAGCCGCCUUCUCUUCAGCGUUGCUGGCGGGAGCGCUUGAAAUUGAAGCAGCGGACCCCGCAGUCACUCUGGAGGAGGUCGCGGCGAACGAAAGCCUGCCGACAAGGCACAAAGCCACCUCCGUGUCCGGGCCUCCAGAUUCACUCCCUGAGAGCGCAGCGCCGGGCUUCCUUCCGGCUUUUCGCGCCUUCCAGGCACACAAGGAGCAGCUAGCGAACGACCUGGCAUUCGCUCCGGAAAUGAUGUUCUUCAUCAGCUACUGUCACAGUCAGAGCAGGAUGCGGAUUUCCUUCGACUGCAACGCGGCGCUUCGGGGGACCACGAGCUUCGUGUCGGCGUUUCACUGCAAUAAGGGUUCCAGUAUGAACCCCUGA